UUUAGCGGCUUGUGCGACUGCUCCAACACCUUCCCCUCCCUCCCUCUCGCCCGCUCGCUCUCGUCAGCCGCCGUCCCGAGCUAGCUUCCCACACAAGCAGAGCGAACCAGCCGGUGACCGGUGGUUGCCGCCGCGGCCGCGUCGCCGCCCUGCGCUCGUUUUAUGCUCGCUGCGGCUCGAUUCCUUGGCUGUGGUAGUGCGCUGCUCUCGGCCGGGGACCUUUCUGCGAAAGCGAAGAUUCCGGUAUGGAGGCGGAGGCGACGCCCACGACGGCCGUGUCGUCUUCCGGCGGGGCCGCGCCGGUGCCGCCGCCCGGCCCGCCCGCCAAGAAGAAGCGUGCCCUCCCCGGCAUGCCAGAUCCUGACGCGGAGGUGAUCGCGCUGUCGCCCAAGACGCUGCUGGCGACGAACCGGUUCGUGUGCGAGAUCUGCAACAAGGGGUUCCAGCGGGACCAGAACCUGCAGCUCCACCGCCGGGGCCACAACCUGCCGUGGAAGCUCCGGCAGCGGAGCGGCAAGGAGGCCCGGAAGCGGGUGUACGUGUGCCCGGAGCCCAGCUGCGUGCACCACGACCCGUCGCGCGCCCUCGGCGACCUCACCGGCAUCAAGAAGCACUUCUGCCGCAAGCACGGCGAGAAGAAGUGGAAGUGCGACAAGUGCUCCAAGAAGUACGCCGUGCAGUCGGACUGGAAGGCGCACGUCAAGACCUGCGGCUCCCGGGAGUACCGAUGCGAUUGCGGCACCCUCUUCUCCAGGAGGGACAGCUUCAUCACCCACCGCGCCUUCUGCGACGCGCUGGCGGAGGAGAGCGCCAAGGCACGCGCGGAGGCCCCUCCCGCCGAGGAGAACGGGGGCUCAGCGGCCGUCGGUCCGCCACCGGCUCCCCCGCUCACUCAGGCCCCAGUACCAGCCGCGCCGGUGCCGCUGAGGCAGCAGCCGCCCCCGCCGCCGCCUGCGCCUGCGCCGCCUCAUCGCCCGGUGCAACGUAAUGAGCCGGAGACCAAUACGCCUGAGCCCGUUCAGUUCGCGCCACCGCAGGCGGCCGUUCCGGUGCUCUCGCAGACUUCGGCCGCCGCUGCCAAUGUCAGCGCCAGCAGCAGCAGCAGCGUCGCGGGGACAUCACAAAGUCUGAUCGGCGGCAUGUUCGCACCGUCGUCAAUGGCCCCAGCGCCGCAGUUCGCCGACCUCGGCGGAGGGGUUAGCCGCCCGGAGCGCGCUCUGCCGGCCAAGCCCCCAUCUCUGUGCCUCGCCACGGAUGCAUCGUCCUCGAUCUUCUCGGCACCAGCCGCCGCCGACCGCCAACAGUUCGCGCCUCCUCCUCCGCCUUCCCCGUCCCCGCACAUGUCCGCCACCGCGCUGCUCCAGAAGGCGGCGCAGAUGGGCGCCACCUCGUCGAGCUCGUCGUUCCUCCGCUGCCUGGGCCUGGACGUCUCGUCAUCGCCGGGGGCCUCCUCGUCAGGCCAGCAGCACCACCACGAAGCCAUGCAAGCAUCACUACCGGACACCUCAAUGCAGCAAUGGCCGCAGCGGAUGGAGCCAGAGCCGUCGCCGAUGCUGUCGCCCGGGCUCGGCCUCGGGCUGCCGUACGACUCGAGCGGCGCUCCGGUGUGCCUGCCGGAUCUCAUGAUGGGCCAGUCGUCGCUCUUCAGCGGCAAGCCGGCUACCCUGGACUUCCUGGGUCUUGGCAUGAGCCCGACCGGCGCGUCGGCAAGCAGAGGGUUCUCGGCGUUCAUCCAGCCAAUCGGCGGCGCAGUCGGGAUGGCCGGGAUCGGCGCUGGUGCCGUCGAGACGUUCGUCGCCGGCCGCGGUCCCCAGGCGACGCCGUGCGAGAGGAAUUCGAGCACCUCGCCCAUCCUGUAACCACACUAGCUAUAGCAAGUAGUGAUUUUGGGAAGGAAGGAUCGUCGGAGGAAAACGGUAGGCGCCAGGUUCGAUUAGCAGCUACAGACUCUUCCGCUGUCUGUUCUCGCUGUUCUUUUGUUUCUUUUAGCUCUGGUACGACGAAGUUGCAACUUGCAAGCAAGCUGAAGGGCUUGUCUUGGUCUCAGUUCUUUCUGCUACUCU